GCCGGACCGGCAGUAGCUAUCAGUGUCAACCAUCCGUCUUCGGUCGCAUCAUUCAUUGAAAAAUCUUCAAGACAACGACCGAACCCGAAAUCACCAUGAAAUUCCAAGUGUGUCUCGCUCUCGUCGCCAUGGUCGUUUGCUUCGCUGCCGCCGCGGAACAAGCUAAACCCGCACCAUCCAAGUCCGCCACCGACCGCAGCAAACGUGGAUUGUACGCGCCACUGAUCACUUCGCCGUACGCCCCGGCGUACACCGCACCGUACGCAGCAGCACCGUACGCGGCACCGUACGCCGCUCCGUACGCCGCCACGUACGCCGCCCCGUACGCCGCCCCAUACGUCGCGGCACCGUACGCGGUCGCCGCUCCAUACAGCUCAUCGUACGUUUCCCCCUACGCAGCGUACCCGUAUGGAUUUGGCUCACCCUACGGUUUCUACUGAUCCGUGCGUCCGAAGUCAUUUUCGAUAUCAUCUAGUAUUAGCUGCAUUCAAAUAACAAUCCGACGGGUCACGACUACUCGUGUACAGCGUAAUAGCAUGUAAAUAAAUACAAUAAUAAAAAUAUAAAAAUUAUAUAUUCGAAUAUAUAAUAUUA